ACUUACAUUGUUACAUCAAGUUUAUAAAACAUCAUUUAAAACAGGUACAGCUGUUUAUUUAAAAUGGAAAAGUAUAGUAUUCUGAUGUGUAUCAUAGCAACGGUAGUUUUUUCAGAAGUCUUUGCCAGUCAACCAGGACCAUGUCGUAAUUUGUCCCAAAGAUAUGCACCAAGCAAAAUAAAAGGCAAAAUGGUACAUAGAUCGCUUUAUCUAGAUAUUUUUUCAAAAAGAAAGACAACAGUAAAGCCUCUUAGUAUAUGCCUUCGCGAGAUCUUUCCACCAACUAGACUGAAAAACUACACGGUUAUAGGCACGGAUAAUAAGAAUUUUGUUGUUCUAUACAAAUGUGAAUACAAUCCCAUUUCACAAUCCAAUACCGAGUCUGUCAAUACUUACACAAAAUGGAAAAUUCCGGCUGCAGCCACCUUAAAAAGAAUUUCACAGGCCUACAAAAAGAAUGGCCUGCAGGAAAGCAAAGUUUUGUUAUUGUGCCAAUUGUAGCAUACAGCCUGCCAUGGUAAAAGUGUUUUCUUGUCACACGAGCGACUCU